AUGUGGAGAUUGAGUUUAUUAUUGUUAUUAGUUAAUCAAGAAAGGGCAAUAUCUAUAAAUGUGGAUGAAUCAUGCACUUGUAUAUAAAUAAAAUCAAAGUCUGAUUGUGCAAACAUGGGUUGUAAAUGGAAUGAUAAUAAAUGUGUCUAAAAUGAUUUAAUAAAGAAUGAGGACACAAUAAGUGUUUAUUGUAGGUCUUUUGAUGAAUAAAAAUGUGGUAGUAUAAAAGGAUGUGCAUGGAUUGAUAAUUAAUGCGAAUAAUUUAGUGGAUGUUCUGCUUAUAUGGGAAGUUCUAAUGAUUUAUGUUAAUAGAUUUCAUAAGAAUGUACAUCAGAUGGCAAAUAAUGUAUGGAUAGAAAAGAUUGCAAUGAUUAUAAAGGUUAGAUAGAUUGUAAUUCGAAUAUGAAUAAAUAUGGUGGUUAUUGUAGAUGGGAGAAUAAUGAAUGUAGAGAUCAAAAAUGUAUAGAAGCAAGUAAUGAUUUGAAAACAGAUUUUGAGUGUAAUAAAUUUAAAUUAGGAUGUUUAACAAAUGGGAAGGGAUGUGUUGAAAUUAGAAAAGAAUGUUCAACUUAUGGAAUAGAGGAAUGUAAUUAAAUGAUAGGAAAGGAAGGCUAUUGUAUAAGAACAGUAAAUGGUUGUGGUAUGAAAGAAUGUUAAUCUGCUUCUAUUGAUUAUAUAAAAGAUGAAUAAUGUGGAAGAUAUUAAAUAGGAUGUAUUACUACAGGUAAGGGAUGUUGGUAGAAUCCAUUACCAACUUGUGAUAAUUAUGUGGGAAAUGAAUGUGAUAAAAUGAAAGGAUCUGAUGGUUAAUGUGAGAAUGGAUUAAAUAAUAAAUGUUAAUCAAGAAGAUGUGAAAAUGCUCCACUUUCAUAUGACAGCGAUGAAAAAUGUAAAUAGUAUUUAAAUACAUGUAUAACAAAAGGAAGAGGAUGUGAUACUUAAUUAAGAUUAUGUAGUUCUUAUUCAGGAACAUUUGAAGAGUGUAAUAAAUAUAUAGGAAUUGAUGGUAAAUGUUCUUUUGGUUCUAUUGGUUGUAAGGUUAGAGUAUGUGAAGAAGCAUCUUUUAAAACAGAUAAAGAAUGUAAUGAAUAUCAAAAGGGCUGUAUAACAGAUGGAGUGAAUUGUGUAAGUACUCGAAAAUUAUGUUCAACUUAUAAUGGAACAUCAAUUACUUGUUCCAAAUAUUAAGGAUCUGAUGGAAGAUGUUAUUCUAAAAAUAAUACUGAUGAAGGACCUUGUUCAAAUUUAGUUUGUACUGAUGCUCCUACUAAUUAUAAAACACAUGAAUAAUGUAUAUCAUUUUAAAGCGAUUGUUUAACUAAUGGAUAAGGUUGUGUUAAACAAACAAAUUGUUUAUCCACUAUUGCAGAAAUAACAUGCAAAGCUACAUCUUCAUGUUAAUGGAAUCAAGUCUGUGUUACUAAAACUAACUGUUCUUUCUUUAAUAAUAUUAGUUUAUGUAAUAAUAAUCUAGCAAAUGAUAAACCUUGUUUCUGGGUUAAUGGCAUUUGUAGAAUCAGAUUAUGUAAUGAUGCUCCCAAUUAUUAUAAUAAAGAUGAUGACUGUAAAAAAUUCUUAAAUGGAUGUCUUACUAAUUCUUAAGGAUGCCUUCCAGCUACUUCUCCUUGUAAUCAAUAUAAUGGAACUCAAGAUACUUGUUCUAAUUUUAAAGGAAAUGGAAUCAAAUGCACUAGAAAUAGUACUUUAAUAGGUCCUUGUGAAAAUCUUUAAUGUUCUAAUAAUACUACAGCAAUUAAUCAGAAGUAAUGUGAUGAUUUUUUAAAAGGAUGUCAAUUUUAAGGUACAGCUGGUUGCAUUGAUUAAUCUGCUAAUUGUAAUUCAUAUACAGGUAAUUAACAAAUGUGUUCAUCUUAUUUUGGAAUAAAUGGAACCAUUAAAUGUUACUAAGAUACUGGACUUACUGCAUCAUGUAGAAAUCUAUUAUGUUCAGAUAACAUAACUGCUACAUCAGAUGAAUAAUGUAAAUCUUUUUUAUAUAACUGUGUAUUUAAAGGUAUUGGAUGUAUUGAUUAAGCUGAGCCAUGUUCAUCUUAUUCAGGAAAUAAUAUAAAUGACUGUUCAAAAUUCAAAGGUUUAAAUAACACAAAAUAAUGUUGGUGGGUUAGUGGCUCUACUUGUGUUAAUAAGGAAUGUAUUUAAGAUACUCUCUCAAUAAAUAAUUUAUAAUGUGAAUAAUUCUUAUCAGGUUGUGUUACUAAAGGUAUAGGAUGUAUAGAAAAUACAUAAUUAUGUACAGCUUUCUAAGGUGAUGAAACUUAAUGUUCAAAUUUUAUUGGAAGUGGAAAACCAUGUGUUCGUAAAAAUGCAUGUAUCAAUAGAAGUUGUUCAGAUGUUAUUAAUCCUUCAAAUAAUGAUCAAUGUACAGCAUAUAUGCCAACUUGUAGGUUCAAUGGAUUCUUAUGCAUAGAUGCUUAAGUUUCCUGUUUAUCAUAUAUUGGUUUAAACUAUUAAAUUUGCUAAUAAAUUACAACAAUUUCAGGUGGAAAAUGUUAUUUAGCUAAUGGAACUGGUACAUGUUAAACAAGAAGUUGUUCACAUUUAACAUCUGCAAAUAACUAAAAUGAUUGUGACUAGUUUUUAUCUGGUUGUAUUUUUAGUGGUUCUAAUUGUAUUUCUUAAUAAAAUCUAUGCAACUAAUAUAUAAACUUUUAACCUAAUUAAUGUGAAAAAGCAGAAAGCAUAUCAACUGGAUUAUGCUGGAGAUAAUCUAAUUCAGUUGGAACAUGUAUGGCAAGAACAUGCUUAGGUAUCACUAAUGCAUCAAAUCCUUAUUCUUUUUCUUCAUAAUUUUGCAUGUAAUAUUCCAACACAUGUAUUUAUGAUGGAGUAAAAUGCGUCGAUAAGUAAACUAAUUGUAAUUCUUAUACUAAUUUUCUUUAAUCAGCAUGUAAAUCUGCAGUUACUUCAGCUGGAGAGAAAUGUUGGUUAGAGAAUAGUACCUUGACAACCUGUGAAAGCAGAUAAUGUACAAACACAGUUACAACUCCAAAUUAAAUUAAUUGUCAAGCUCAUAAAUCUUCUUGUAGAUAUAAUGGUACAUUGUGUGUAGAAGCACAAACAGCAUGCAAUUUAUAUAAUCCAUUUACAUAGUAGGCAUGUAGAGAUGUUAAGUUGGCAGAUGGUGUAGGAAAAUGUUGGAGAACUUCAAAUUCGAAUGGUGCAUGCGAAGAUAGAUAGUGUGCAAAUAUAACAGUUGGAUUAAGUGCUUAGAAAUGUUUAGAUCAUUUGAAUACUUGCAGAUUUAAUGGUUCAUCUUGUGUGAUUUACUAGACAAAUUGUAAUCAAUAUUUAGGUUUCACAGCAGAAGCUUGUAAAUAAGUAACAACAAAUUCAGGAGGAUUAUGUUGGAUUCCAGUAAGUGGAUCUACAUAAUGCAGUGAGAGAAGUUGUAAUAAUACAAUUGAGAAUGCAAAUGAAAUAAAUUGUCCAAAUCAUUUGAGUAGUUGUAGAUUUAAUGGUGUUGGAUGUGUUGAUAAUUAAGCUUAAUGUAAUUUAUAUACAGGAUUUACAAAAAGUGCUUGUUAAUCUACUACUAAUACAAGUGGUAAUUUUUGUUGGAAAUAAACAAAUGAAGUAGGAAUUUGUGAAGAUAGAUCAUGUUCUAAUAUAAUCGAAAAUGCAAAUUAUGUGAAUUGUGGGAUGCAUUUAUCCAUAUGCACUUAUGAUGGAUAAAAUUGUUUUACAAAGUAAAGUACUUGUAACCUUUAUGUUGGUGUGAGUGAAACUUAAUGUUAAAAUUUAAGAACAACAACAGGAGACAGAUGUUGGUUUGUAUCUGGUAAUUGUGUAUAAAGAAUAUGUUCUUAAAAUUAGACAGGAAUGACAGAUAUAGAAUGUAAUGAAUUUUUACCAGGAUGCAGAACUACUGGAAAGGGAUGUGUUGAUAGUACAGUUACUUGUUCAGAAUAUAAAGGAACGAUUUCUAGUUGUUUAGGUUUUGUUGGUAAUGGGAUUAAAUGCAAAGGUUAAGAUUCUUUUGGGUUUUGUGAAUAAAAAUAAUGUUAGGAUGAUAUGAAUAGUACAACUGAUGUCGAAUGUGAUGCAUUUAUGAAAGGAUGUGUAACAAGAGGGUAAGGAUGUAUUAAUAAGGAUGAAAGUUGUAAUAAUUAUGUUGGAAAUCAAAGCAUUUGUUCAAAAUUUAUUGGGGAUGGUAAGAAAUGUUGGAGUGAUAGCCUAACUACAAUUUAAUAGUGUAGAGUAAGGUUAUGUAGUGACAAUCAGAUUUAUAAUACAGAUACAUAAUGUUAGGAGUUUUAAGUAGGAUGUGUAAGCAAAGGAAGAGGAUGCAUUAAUUAUAAUGCAAAAUGUUCAGAAUAUUAAGGAACACAAACAGAAUGUAGUUUAUUUAAGGGAUAAAAUGGAAGUAAAGCAUGUUGGAAUGUAAUUACAGCAACUCCAUUGACUAAUUGUAUUGACAGAGUUUGUUCACAUAAUAGUACAGCCAAGAGCGAUAAUGAAUGUCAGAAAUUCUUAAAGGGAUGUGUGAGUAAAGGAAUAGGAUGUGUUUCACCUUAAUAAUGUUCUUAAUUUAAUGGUACUAUUAGAUCAUGUCCAUUAUUUACAGCAACAGAUAAACCUUGUAAAGGAACAAGUGAUACAAGUGUUACUCCAUGUGUUGCUUUAAAAUGUAAUGAAGCACCAAAUAAUUAUGAUAGUGAUGAAUUAUGUAAUAUUUUUAAAGAAGGAUGUGUAACGAAUGGAUAUGGCUGUGUUAAUACUGUCUCUUGUGAAGAAAUUUAAACAUAGAAAGCUUGUUAAAGUAAAAAGCAAUGCUCAUACAGUGGUAAUUGUACUUAACUUUCAAAUUCAUGUAGUAUUUUUAAAUCUUAAUCUAUAUGUGUAAAUACUCCUGUUUAUACAGAAAUAGGAAGAUGUUCAUGGGAAUCAAAUUAAACUUCUAAUAUAGGAUUUUGUAGAGAUUGGAAAUGUGAAGAUGCAUCUGAAAGUCUUUUAACACAUAUAGAUUGUUAAAGAAUGUCUCAAUUAUGCACUUCAAAAGGCAAAGGAUGUAUUUAAAUGGGUAUAUGUUCGUCUUAUACUGAUGCAAAUUCAUGUUCAUUUGCUUAAACUACUGAUGAAGGAGGUCUUUGUAUUUGGGAGAAAACCUUUUGUAGAAAACUUGAAUGUUCUGAUGCCAGCAAAGAAUUUACAACAGAUGAAAAGUGUAAAGAAUUUCUUAAUAAAUGUUAUUCAAAUGGAUAAGGAUGUAUCAAUUCAAAUUAUAUUUGUGAAGAUAUUAUUGUAAAAUCAAAAUGUACAAAUGAUCAUUUAGGUAAUCCAUGUUUGUGGUUUUAAUAAAAAUGUAUCACUUAUUCAUAAUGCAUUGAUAUUGAAGAAAAAUCACAUAAUUUAUGCUAAUAAUAUUCAAAUAAAUGUACUAGUAAUGGUUUAACUUGUAUACCUAUAACUUUUUGUUCCAAAUAUACUAAUUAAAUUAGUUGUUCACUUGGAAUUGAUGGUAAAUGUGGAUGGAUGGAACCUAUUUGUACUCAAUUUACCAAAUGCUCUGAUUUUAUUGCUUCCACUACUGCUCUAUGUUAAUAGUAUUCUGAUCUAUGUAUUUCUGAUGGAUUUGGAUGUAUUUCAAAAACAAAUUGUAUUAAUUACUAAAAUGAAGAAUCGUGCAAUUCUGGAGGUAUUGAUGGUAUCUGCAUUUGGAAUCAAAACUCUUGUAGAUUAAGAUUAUGUAAUGAUGCAGCAUUUGAUAUUACAAUUGAUAUUUCUUAACAUUCUUCAUGCAAUAAUUUUAUAGCUUCUACCAAAUGCACAACUAAUGGUACAAAUUGUGUCUCAAUGGCAUUAUGUUCCUCUUAUAAAGAACCUGGUUGUCAUUAUGGAACUGAUGGUUAAUGUAUUUAUACUUAUUAAGAAGGAUAAACCUAAGGAUUUAAAUAAUGUAGAGUUAAAACUUGUUCAGAUUACUAAGAUACAACAACUGAUAAAUGCAAAUAAAAUAAAAAGGUAUGUAUAUCUAAUGGUAAAAAUUGUAUUCUUAAAAAUAAAUGUUAAACAUAUAAAACUAAAAUUGCAUGUAAUUCUGGUGGGUUAGAUGGAAUCUGUGUUUUCACUCCUUCGAUAGCUGAUACUAAUAAAGGUACCUGUGCAUUGAUGACCACUUGUGAAUAAGCCAAUUCAGAUUCAAUAGCAUGUAAAUUAAAAUCAAAUUCAUGCCAUUUUUUGGUUUCAUUAUAAAAUGGAAUCGAAGUAACUUCUUGUAUAAACCACACAUGUGCUACAGUAGCAAAAGGAGCAGUUUGUAAUCCUCUAAUCUCAUUUGAUGAAAAGAAAAUCACUGUAUGUGUCAUGACUUCUUCGGGUUGUGUAUAGGGAAGUCCGAAUCAAUUAUCAGCCAGUAAUUGUUUAUAAUCAAGUUUUAAUAUUUUUACCUGGAAUGCAGAAAAUAAUUUAUGUUAAAAAUGUAAUGAAUCAAUAAUAACACCCAAUACACCCACUAAUACAACAAACAAAAGCUAAGAUACAUUUUCCAAAUUACUGCUCUUUUCUUUUUUAAUUAUUAUUUAAUGA